AUGGCUGCCAUGCCCCUCGGCUUCGACAUUGAUGCCCCACGCUGGGACCAGAGCACCUUCAUGGGGCGGCUGCGGCACUUCCUCAACAUCACCGACCCGCGCACCGUGCUGGUGCCGGAGCAGGAGCUGGACCGGGCGCAGGCUGUGGUGGCAAGCUGCAGGGCCGGGAUGGUGCCACCGGGGAGCAGCCAGGAGCAGCUGCUGUACGCCAAGAAACUGUACGACUCGGCCUUCCACCCGGACAGCGGUGAGAAGAUGAACCUCAUUGGCAGGAUGUCCUUCCAGGUGCCGGGCGGCAUGGCCCUCACUGGCUGCAUGCUGCAAUUCUACCGGACAGUGCCAGCCGUGGUGUUCUGGCAGUGGGUGAACCAGUCCUUCAAUGCCAUCGUCAACUACACCAACCGCAACGCUGCGUCCCCCAUCUCUCUGGCGCAAAUUGGAGUGGCUUACGUCACAGCCACCACGACAGCUCUGGCCACUGCUGUGGGACUCAACCUGUACACCAAGCGUGCUCCCCCCUUGCUUGCCCGCUGGGUCCCCUUUGCAGCUGUAGCUGCUGCCAACUGUGUGAACAUCCCAAUGAUGAGGCAACAGGAGAUCAUCCACGGGGUCUCAGUGACUGAUGAGGACAACAAUGAGCUUGGGCACUCCAGGAGAGCAGCAGUGAAGGGCAUCGCACAGGUCGUGGUCUCCAGGAUCACCAUGGCAGCUCCAGGCAUGAUCAUUCUGCCCAUCAUCAUGGAGCGGCUGGAGAAGUUCCACUUCAUGCAGCGGAUCCGGGUUCUCCAUGCGCCGCUGCAGGUGCUGCUGUGUGGUGGGUUCCUGCUGUUCAUGGUGCCGGCAGCCUGUGCCCUGUUCCCUCAGAGAUGCUCCCUUGCACUGGCUGACCUCGAGCCGGAGCUGCGGGAGAGCAUCGUGGCCAAGCAUGGGGACAAAGUGCCAUAUGUCUACUUUAACAAGGGGUUGUGAAUGGAGGCUACCUCGGGAGCACACUCUCUCCAGCCCCCCACCACUUCCAGCCCUGUGCCUCCAAAGUGGGGAUUGGAGGCAUGGUGCAGCCCCUGUUAACCCAGUCGGGGAUUGGAGCUGGGGUCAUCUCCCAUUUCCCCCACCACAAACCUCACUGUUGCCUUAAACUGCUGCAGGGCCUCUUCACAAGAGCUGGAGCCCCCACGGCAGGUAGGAAAGGACCUGUCCCCUGUGUAUGGGAGCGCCCCAAAGUCCCAGGACCAGUGCUAGGACUGUGCCUUCCUUGCUCUCAGGGGUUCAGGCUUUAUUCACUUUGCGACUGUCACAAUCCCAAAGACCAACAGCUAAUUGUUUUUAAGCUCUGAAUUUUGCAAUCAUUCCACCAAGUGUGAAAGCCAGCCAUCACCUUGCCAUCUUGUGCCUCACUGUUCCCGUAGUGGGACCAAGGACUUGGGAAACACUUGAUUCUGGCCCCUCUUGCACAGGGAGGGUCACAAAGCCAUCAGGUCGUGAACUCAGGCUUCAAACAGACCAUACUGCAAAUGACAGAGACAAGCGCUGGCAAAUAAAACAUGGUGAUUUUUAAAACAGC